UCCAAGAUUUCCGGCGAAGGGUUUGUGGUCUUCCUCUGCUCCUCCCAAUCUUCUGGCGCUAAUCGCCGCCGGUGAGCGCCGGAGGUGGCGGAGGAAGUCACGGCUGCCGUCAAUCUCUAAUGGUUCGGGUAGGUUUACUAUUCUGGGACCUAAUGCUCGCUUUCAUGUGGGUGUGGUCGGGUGCUCUUGUCAGAAUAUUCGUGUUCUCUUUUCUCCAAUUAGGGGGACGCCCUGAAGGAGAAGCGCUUAAGGUUGUGCUCUCGGUCCUUUACAUGUUCUUCUUCGCAUGGCUUGGCGUUAUAAGCAGGGGAGGCGCUUAUAAUCCGCUCACAGUGCUCUCCUCGGCGUUUUCUGGUAGCCUCGAUGACUUCCUUUUCACGGCCUUCGGGAGGAUUCCUGCUCAGAUAGUUGGAUCAGUUGUUGGGGUUAAGUCAGUUAAAGAAGUUUUUCCUAUAGUAGGACAUGGAGCUCGCUUGAAUGUCAAUAUUCAUCAUGGUGCAUUAACGGAAGGAGUUCUCACAUUCAUGAUCGUUAUGGUUUCACUUGGUUUGAAGAAGAAAGACCCUAAAAGUUUCUUUAUGAAAACAUGGAUUUCAUCCAUUGCAAAAUUGUCCCUUCAUAUUUUGGGUUCCGACUUAACUGGCGGGAUAAUGAAUCCUGCCUCCGCCUUCGGCUGGGCAUAUGCUCGAGGGGAUCACAUAACGCUCGAACAUCUAUUUGUGUAUUGGCUUGCGCCGAUACAGGCUACAAUUCUGGCUCUUUGGUCAUUCAGAUUGUUUUGGGAGCUUAAAGAGCGCAAGCAGAACUAUAUUGAGCAGAAGAAGGCUAAAGCAGAGUGAAAAGAGUUUCUUUCUAAGGUGUGCUUAUGCCUUCUUUGUGAUUGUUGUUAUUAGCUAAAUUUAAUUUGCCAGCGCUAAAUGCAACCUGUAAAUGAUAUCGUCUGUUUCUUUACUUUGUUACAUAUCAUCAUUAUGUAAUAUAUUCAUCAUGCAGCAAAUUCUUGUACAAAAGAAUUUGAAUGUUGUGCUAAGAACUGAUGAGAGUAGAUGAAGGGGUUAUUAUAGUCGUUUAUCUUUCAA